GUGUCCUCCUGCGGUCCUCGCGGGUCGGACGAUCUCCGCGCGCAGGAAUUGGGCGCCUGCUGUUUGCCGGGAGUGCGGCCGAUCGCGGGACCGCUGCGAUCUCCCCGAGGAGGUACCUUUCCUCAUUCGCAGCUCUGCGGACUCAGGCCUGGGCCAUUCUCCUGGAGGUGCAUGCCUGGACCCAGCAAUGGCCACCAGGACCCUGACGGCUGAGGACCAGGCAAGCUCUGCAGCUACUCAGGAGAUGCUUCCGAAAAAGAGCGUUUCUGAAGAGGCAGCCUCCCCAGGGGGGAAGAUGGAGGGCAUUUUAAGGGCUGUGCUUGGAGAUGCCAAGUUGGGGGAAUCCCGGACGUGUGGCCGUCGACGGGAGGACCAGGGAAAACAGGAGAGGCCUCUGAGGGGUGCCUUUGCUGCCCCCAAGGAAAACAUCUGCGGGGAGAGAGGCCUCGGCCGGAACGAACUUGGGAGAAGCUUCCGGCGGACCUCAGCCUUCAUCAGGAAGCAGAGAGCGCCUGGGGGAGAGAGGCCGCAGAAUUGGAACGGGCCACGGAAGAGCCUGAAACGCCAAAGGACCUUCGUAGGAAAGAAGCCAUUUAACUGCACGGAAUGUGGGAAGGCCUUCAGUUACCACUCAGACUAUAUCCUACACCAGAGGACUCACACUGGGGAGAAACCCUACAAGUGCGACGACGGCGGGAAGGCGUUCAGCAAGAGCUCGUACUUCAUCCAGCACCACAUCAUCCACACGGGGGAGAAGCCCUACGCGUGCAGGGAGUGCGGCAAGACCUUUACUCAGAGCUCGUCACUCACCGAGCAUCAGAGGAUCCACAUGGGAAAGAAACCGUACCGAUGCAAGGAAUGCGGGAAGGCCUUCACCCAGAGCUCCUCCCUCAUCAAACACCAGCGAUGCCACAUGGGGGAGAAGCCCUACAGGUGCCACCAGUGUGGGAAGUUCUACUCGCAGGUGUCCCACCUCACCCGCCACCGGAAAAUCCACACGGGUGAGAAACCCUAUUGAUGUGGCGAGUGUGGGAAAGCUUUCUGCCACACUUCCUCCCUCACUCGGCACCAGACCACCCACACCGGGGAGAAACCCUACAAAUGUAACAAGUGUGGGAAGACCUUCAGCCAGAGCUCAGCCCUCACGCAGCAUCAGAGGAUUCACACGGGUGAGAAGCUCUAUGUAUGUAACACAUGUGGGAAGGCUUACACGCAGAUUUCCCACCUCAUGAGGCACCAGAGCAUUCACAUGGGUGAAAAGCCCUAUGUAUGUAAUGAGUGCAGAAAGGCCUUCGGUCAUACGUCAUCAUUUAUGCAACACCAGACGAUUCACACCAGCGAGAAGCCCUACAAAUGCAAUGAGUGUGGGAAAACCUUCAGCCAGAACUCGUCGCUUAUGCGCCACCAGAGGAUUCACACCGGCAAGAAGCCCUAUAAGUGUCAAGUUUGCGGGAAGGCCUACAUCCAGAUUUCCCACCUCAUUCGACACCAGAGGAUUCACACUGGAGAGAAGCCGUACAGAUGCAGCGAGUGUGGGAAAGCCUUCAGCCGGAGCACCCACCUCAUCGAGCACCAGAAAGUCCACACAGGCGAGAAACCCUAUAAGUGUAAAGAGUGUGGGAAGACGGUCCAUCUCAGCUCGUCCCUCACUCAGCAUCAGAGAAUUCACACCGGCGAGAAGCCGUACGCCUUUGAGGAGGGUGGCAAAGCCUUCAACCAGAGUCUCCACCUUGUUCAGCAUCAGAGGGUUCACACCGGGGAGAAGCCCUAAAAAUGCAACAACUGUGGGAAAACCUGUACCCAGAUUUCACACCUUAUUCAACACCAGAAAGUCCACACGGCUGGCAAAUGCUUGUUGGGGAGGAUUUCCACUGGGGUUCACACCUGGCUAAACAUCAGAGACUUCACACCGUGUACAACGCCUGCAUCUGCAAUGAUUCUGAGCAACCCUCUGCCUGGAGCUCAGAGCUUGCUGAUCAUCAGAGAAUUCACGCUGACUAGAAGGCCUGGGACCAUAACAGACUGCCCGUGCCACUGCUGGGUUCAGGUCUGGCUUCAUUGGCACUAGUAACUUCCUCCCAGAGAGGAACCCUAACCUCGUGUAUUAAGAAAGUUGGUUUCUUUAUCUCUCCGAAGGAGGCCGGCGUGAUGUCUCACCAGCUGGGACAGCUUCUGCUCAUUUUAGGAGCUUCCUCCCCAUUUCUCAUCCCGACAAUGUCCCCAGAUAGUGGUACUUAGGGGUGAUCUAAAUGCAAUGCAACUUCAUCUGAGAUCUUUAAUAAGGCCUCUCUGAGCUUUUUAAAUGUAUUGAUCAUUCAUUAAAUUGGAGCCUGAAAAUUCAAGAAAAAAAAAAAAACACAGCUGGGAAGAUUAACCCUUUGGAGAAACAGUCUCAAAUAUGUGUCCCUGAACACGACUGCUAGACGAUUUUAGUUUCCUUUAUGACUUGAAGCUACAAAUUUCAUGGCAAAAUCUGCAGUUGGCUUAAACACUGACUAUUUUUCACACAUUUACAGCCAUUUUUUAUGUCCUGUUGUCCCUGUCUUUUCCAUUUCCAGAAUUUGUGUUUUACAAAGCAGUUGGCCUAUUAUGCAUCAUUUUCUGAUUUUAUUUGUGCCCAAAGGGAGCACACAUAAUAAGACCUCAUAUUUUUUAAUGUA